AGCCUAAUAAUAAUUUAAUUUGUAUACAAACAAUAUUAGAAAAGAAAUAAAUUUCUUAAAAGAGUUGGUUGUAAUUUUGAAAUUAUAAUAUGGAAAGUUUUUCUAAAAGUGAAAUUGUUUCAAAUUAUCACGAGGAACCCCAAAUUACUUCUCCUGACCCUGAUGAGCGUAUUGUUGCAAGGAGACUCAGAAUACAGAAAAGAAAUGCGGCGGCUCGCAAAAGACUGCAAGCUGUGGAGGAUAAAGAAGAAGGUCUUGAUGACGAAAGUAAAGAGGAAACUGUUUUGGAAAAACAGGUGGAGAAAAGCACAGUUGAACUGUUGACUUUGGCUCAUGAAGGAAGAGAAUUGAUAACAAAUGUUAGAGUAGCUGCUGACUCCCAUGAAGUCUCGCGUAGAUCGGAGCAAGCUGAGGCAAAGGCAGCGAGACUCAAGAAACUUGAAGAUGAAGCUAAUAUUGCUCAGGAAAAGUUUAACAAUAUUAAUGAGAAAUGGGAAGGAAUUGCCAUACUUAAUGAUCCUCUGGACUUGCAUCAAGAAACAGAGAUGCAGAGAGAGAAGUGCAAGGAUCUGAUAUCACAGAAGGAUCAGCUGAUUGCAGAGUUAAAGGCGGAGUUGAAGUCAGGAGAUGUCAGGUUUAUUAAGGAUCAGCAGAAACAAGCGGAAGAUAUCUCGUUGCUGGUAGAACGGAUUGACAGUCAGAUUGCUAUCAUGAGGCGUGCCUACCGACGUGAACUCAUAUUAAUUGAGCAAGCAAUUGACAUUGAACGCAAAGAAACGAUGGAGCUGAACAACAAGCGAUGGGAAUCGCUUUACAAGCAGCGAGAGGAGGACGAGAUAAACAACCUGGAGCAGAGGUUUGUGGCUCUCUCGGAACAUAAUCAGCUGAUGCAAGAUAUCCUCAUACACCACCAGGAGAAGUACCGAGCCACCAAGAUAUCAUUGGAGAAAGACAUUCAGGUUCUUCAACAACAACUUGAACAAGUUAAGGCCAUAUGUCUUCUGAACAAGGAAAAGAUGGAGUACAACUAUCAGGUGCUGAAGAAACGGGACGAGGAGAGUCUGCUGAUACGAUCUCAGCAGAAGCGGCGGAUUAACAAAUUACAGGACAUAGUAACAACUCUUCGCCGUAAGAUUCAAGCGAUGGAGCAGAGUACACAAGUAGAAGUGAAGAGAUUGACAUCGGAAGUUAUAAAACUGCAUAGAAACAUCAAAGAUAUUUUAAUGAAGGCUGAACAUUUCUCUUCUGUAAAUGAAGCCAAAUACUUUCAGCUGUGGAAGUUCAACCAUGAUUCAGCUAAAAAGCUGUUAAAUAAGGUCCUCUCAAUCGACAGACUUAUUUAUGAGCAACAACUGGGCAUUGAGUGGCAACCACCUCCAACAACGUUUGUGGCCAAGAAAGAUCUUCCAUCCUAUAAAUCGGCCGUGAUGAAGGAUUCAACUGAUAAAAUUGAAGGAGAACAGCUGAGGGAGGAAGGCAGCAGGGGUGAAGAAGAACAACUGUUGAAGCACAUCUUGGAGUCUGUGGCUGAUCGGUCGGGCUUCUUGGUGGAAGAGCGACUGAAUGUGUUACUAGCUCCGUACACUAGAGAACAGAACACACUGGUCCGCAUAGACAACGUGUUCAGUGCCUUGGGAGUGUCCAGACAAGAAGACAUUGAGUUGCUUAGGAAGACAAUGAAGCCUUACAUAGUCUGUGUGACGUGUCAUCCCAUCUUGAAGGCUGUAAACCCUGUCUUCCACCCCUCCACUCCACCAGCACCUUUAAUCUCUGAGGAUAAGCUGAAGGUUCACGUCUUUGAAAAAGUUAAAGAAGUUCAUGAUGAAGAAAAGAAAACAACCACCAAAGAGAGACCAACAGUUAAGCACGGAACAGUAUUUCCGGGGGUCAGUGACGACAUCUUAAGCAGGGAUUUUAGCCAGGAAGAUUCCUUCUUGGAAGAUCUGUCAGAACAAACAUCUAGCAGCAGAUCUGGGACCCACACAAGCAACAAAGCAGCUGACCCCUCAGAGUUUACAUUUUUCUCUGAGAAAACAGUCCAAUCUCCUGUUCCUUCCCCGUCCGAAAUCUCCUGUGAAAUCCCUCUCCUUGACAAUGUGGAGGAAAUGGAACAUGACCCUUCCCAUGAACAGUCUAUCAACCCAGUGUUUGUGCUCAAGGCAUUGAGAGAAUUUGUUGAGAAGUUUCAAGCAUCCAACCAAAGCAAGAAAAAAACAACUACGAUAGGGCAAAGGAAAAAUGAGAGAAAGUCCAUUUCACAACAGUUAACAGAAGAUGAUGUGAAGAUGUAUUGGGAACAGUUUCGUUCGGCUUUUCCCCCAGACAGAGAGAGGCUGUGGGAUUGUCUACAUCUAGGAAUGCAGCAAUACCACUCCGUGCUUCAAGAAAGACACAAAAUGAGUUCAGAAAUUGAGCAGUUGAGAGUGCAAAACGCAGACCUCCGACGCCUUCUACAGAAGUAUGCUUUGCCCAACAAUAUGAAACCGAUCAAGGGUCCUCGUCAGAGUUUGCCUCCGUUGUCAGCCAAGACCCCGCCUGCCCCUGCCACCACACCUGCUCAUCUCGUACUCACCUUCGACAACAGUUCUCGGCUGUGAGAUAAAACAAUGUAAGACGGUUCAUGAGAAAAUCUAUUUAUAUUUAGUAACAGACAUUUGUGUACCAAAUCUGCUUCUACAUCCAGCAAGAUUGAACGAAAGUCAAUGUAAGAGUGUCUCAAUGUCUGUUCAGUAAUAUAGAUGGCGUACUUGAGUUUUAAAUAAAUUCAAAGUGUAAAAGUGCAUAGCUUACUCUAAACCGUCAGCAUUACAAAAAUACUCCUUUAAAGAUUCAUCAUCCUUAUGGAAUAGCUACAGAACAAGUUCAUUAGUUCCGUCAUUGAAUACAAAACCCAUAAGAAGUGCAAUACCUUUGUUAAAAAUUCAGUCUGGGAAUAUUUGAAUUUCGGAUAGUUCCUGUGGCAGCCACCAGGUAGACGGUCAAGCCAGCUGACUAAGUGAGAGAGAGUGAGACAAAGAAUCGGCUUAGAGAGAGAGAGAGAGAAAUAGAGUAUCCCUGCCACCGCACGAGCAAUCCUAACGGAGGCCAAGCGAAGGUCAUUUUGGUGGCACGAUCCCAGUCUGACUAUUCUCCAUAAUCAUUUUGCUUCUUAAAAGGGAUUGUAUUCAUUGGUUCUGUCCAGGUUAUAAUGUCAGUCUGUUUACAUUUUGAUUUAUAUUUAAUGUACUACAAUAAUAAUAACGCAUGGAAACAGGCUUCAUAUUUUUCAAUAGAAUGAGAAGUCUACUACUUGCACUAUUCAUUGUCUAUUUCAACAGUUACCUUUCAACUUUUUAAGAAUGAAUUAUAUUCACUGGCCUGUCGAGGUUGUGUUGUAAUACAGUUUGUAUAGAGCUGAUCUUGCAGAGAACAAUGCAAAGUAGAAGCAGGUAGUCCAAUAUUUACUGAAAAGAAAA